CUCUCUUUCUUUCAUCUCUCUCUCACUCACUCACUCACUUACUCUCACUCUCUUCACCUAUUAAGCCACAAUCCAUCACCACCUCAUAACACAGCUAACGAACUUGUCUCCGAUUCAUCAUGUCUUUCCUCCUCGACUUCCUCGGUCUCCACGCAACCCCCACCGGCCCACCCCCCAACCACGCCAUCGCCUACCUCAUCGGCAACUGGUUCCUCGCGCACGGCGUCCUGAGCACCCGCCCCGCCAAGCGCCUCUUCGGCCUCGACCACAACGUCGCCCCGCGCGAAGACCUCUCCAAGUACGGCGAGGCCGCCGUGCAGGCCGGCAAGAUCACCCGCUCGCAAUUGAAUCGCUUGAAGCGUCAGGAAGCCGCCCAUGCGAAUACCAUAGAGGGGUUUCCGUUGUUUGUGGCUGCGGUCCUAGUAUCAUUGUUUGCGGGCCUACCGAGCGAGACGAUCAACGGGAUUGGACUGUGGUAUACGGUGUCGAGGGUGGCGUUCGGGGUGGCGUAUGUGGGGAUCGAGUCGGAGGGGUGGAGCUUUUUGAGAUCCCUGCUGUGGUGGUCUGGGAAUGUGAGCUGUAUUACGGCGUUGGUGUUGGGGGGGAAGAACUUGUGAAGGGGUAGGAAGUAUG